AAGAACGGGGGGACGUAUAACAGAUUCAGCUCCGCGAUCGUCUGCCACAAGGUAAAGAUACUAUCCCAGUUAACUGAGUGAGAAUUUUAACGAAGUUUACUAUCCCAAGAAUCAACAAGACGUGUCGAACAUUCCGGAUGAUCGGGAUAACAGUACUUUUUCAUUUUAAGUUUACGAGUUGAUUUGAAAUUUAAAGUAGGAUUUGUUUUGUUUUUAUGUAAUUAUUCGAGGGUACAAUUGUUCUACAACCCUUGUCGGUCUGAAAGGAGAGCUUUGGCUUUCGAUAUCUUCUGAUAAACCACACUCUUUGGGUGGUUGCCAUGGAUACACGUGCAGGAAUAGUCCACGAUAGUUUUCGCCAGGGGUCACCAUCGUCAUAUGUGGCAUGAAUGGACAAAGAAGUGCUUUAAUUAUUCUUCCCCCCUUUCAACACUUCAUUUAUUUACCAUUCAGUGUUCCGUGACCGGUCGGGAGUGUUGCCAAACAAGAGGAUGGACGGGCGCUGUUAAGUUUCGGAAGCUGUUUUAUGUGGAUUUUGUCUUUAAGAUAACUUGUCAUGAAACAUUAUCGAACUCAUUUGGUGCUGUUCUCUUAUGUCUUUUUAUCUUCUGCAGCAUCAGGUACUCCUCGUCCAACCUGUUCUUUCUCAGGAAAAUCAUACGAAGCGGGAGAAACUUGGCAUAGAAGAUUAGAAAACUCGGGAUCCAUCUUUUGUGUCAGUUGCAGAUGUAAGGAGGAAGGAGCAGUGAAUUGUAGUAGUGUUUCCUGUGAUAAUUUAGACUGCAAAAAUCGAGAUGUUGAAAACGAAGAAUGUUGUCGGUUCUGUCAAGUUUCGGUGGAACUUCCACCCGUUGCGAGUCCUCAGGUAUCUUGUCUUCACAAUGGCAGAGUAUAUCAAGACAGCCAAACGUUCACUUCUAAUUCAACGGGAUUGCAAACUCAUUCACCAAAUCAAUGUGUUCAAUGCGUUUGUCAGGCAGGCCAAGUUCUCUGUCGAUUAAAAACAUGUCCCUCCCUACAGUGUACACAACCAAUAGAUCCAAACGAUUGCUGUCCGUGUCAAGGUGGGACCAACAAGGAUCAACUUGAACCGAGUUCUGUGCUUGUAACAUUCCUCUUAUCACAAGGGACGCAAACAGCUGAUUGUACUUCGGGUGGUAUCACUUAUGCCCAUGGAUCUAGCUGGCAUCCAGUUAUUGGACCUUUAGGUCAAAUGGACUGUGUAAUUUGUAAAUGUAAAAGUGGCAGAAUAGAAUGUGGUCGUUUAAGCUGUCCUCAACCACCAUCUUGUGUAAAACUUCAGCCAGUACAAGGUCAAUGCUGUCCGAUUUGUAUUGAUAAAAUUUCAGUUGUUGAUCAUGAAACAGCAGUAACAGAAUCCAAAACAGAAGAAACAAAAGAGGUUGUUGAAUCAUUCAUGUGUCUUCCACGACCAUCAAAUACCAUUGUUUAUAGAAGUCAUGCAUCAAGUAGUAUAAGUGGAUAUUAUCAGUAUGCAUUUCAGAUUAUUGGCACUAAUAAAAAUACUAGAUUGUUAUCUUGGACAGUAAAAGAUGGUCAAAUUGGAGAUUUCUCUGAACAGCAUUUAUCAAAGGAUGAAUUUGUUAUUCUUACACAUACAUUUAAAUUUAAACUGUUAGGAGCAACAAGAUCAAGAUUUAUGGAAAAAUUUAUUAGAAAAGCUAAGAAACUACCAGACAAAUGUGGAUCCAGAUGUUCAGCAAAAAUAAACAGAUUGGAAAGGGUUCUUCAUCUUAAAGAAUUUCUAGAAAGACAUCAAUGUCUACCAACUGAAAUAAAGUUUGAAUAGAACAAAUUUUUUUGGUUAGAUUACUAAGAAUAAUGUUUAUUUAUAGAAAAUUUUUCUGUACAAAUAAUUUGUCUUUGAUAUGAUACAUAUAACAUGCAAUUAGCACAUAUUAUAGAAAACUUGUGUUAAUGAUGCAUACAAGUAUCAUAUAUUGUGAUAAACAAUGAUUUAUAUAUUUUUGCAAUAAGUUUUAAUGCCAAAAACAUAUACUUAAUUAUUACUUUUAUGAAAAUAAAUUAUAAAUAUUGAUAUUAUAGUGUACUAUUGAUGCUCUCCUAUUUAGGACUAGAUCUUAUUCUGAAUAUCUACUUAUAAUUUGAAAAAAUCUCUUUAAAUCUAUAAUGUUAAGUGUCCAGUAUACAGGAAACUUUCCAUUACUAAUAUUAUUUAUUAAUUCAUUACUGAUAUAAUGUAGGUUAAGUAAAUGCAUACAUUCUGAACCAUAAUUCUCAUAUUGCAUUUCCACACUAUUCAAAACAUUAAUACACAUUAUUUUCAACUCAAAAAAUAUUACAUUAGAGGUCAUGAAAGAUUAGUCAUUAAUCCUGCCUGAUAAUCAUAUGUUGGUUGUAAGUAGGAAGCAUCCAUUGUAAUUAUAAUAUUAACAUAAUCUGUAACCAAUAUUGAUUACUAAUUAUGCAAUAUGUUUUUUAAAGUAAUUAAUUUUCUUCU